GUUAGGGUUAGGGUUAGGGUUAGGGUUUAUACUCAAUGGUCUUGUGUGGUCAAUUUACUGCAGGGUGGGAGGAGUGGGGUUCGGUUGAAGAAUUCACUGACGAAGAACAAGUCAGGGUCAUGACCACUGCAGCUUGCAAAGUGUACAAAGGCAUCCGGCUCUUCAUCAAACUGUUCCUGGACCGUUUCGAAACAUUCCAGAAGUAUAUCAGCGAGCUCUGCGCGAUCGCUGACGGAGUCGACCGCUUUCACAAGAAGGCGACGAUCGCCAGCAUCACUGGGGGGGCUGUGAGCGCGGCCGGGGGGGUGACUGCCAUCGCCGGCCUCAUCCUGGCUCCCUUCACAUUCGGGACCUCCCUCAUAGUAAGCGCCGUGGGGCUGGGGGUCGCCACGGCCGGUGGCGUGACCAGCGCCUCCGCCAACAUUUCAGACACGGUGAGCAACUCCUCUGACCGGAAAAAAGUGGAGAAGAUCAUCGAAGGGUACCAGAGCGAGAUGAAAGACAUCUCCGAGUGUCUGGUGUUCGUGGAAAAGGGCAUUGACAACAUGCAGAGGUUCAAUCUUUCGAAGGUCAACGACAGCAUGUACAGCCAAGCUUUCCCGAAGAUCGGAGGGGCGCUGCAGAAAGGGACGAGGGUCGGGGGUCAAAUUAACGAGAUUGUCCAAGUGGUCCAGCUGGCCAGGCUGGCCGGAGGGGCGGCCACUGCAGUCCGAGUGGUCAGCGUGGCAUCCGUGGUUCUGUCCGGGUUGUCUGUGGGUUUAGACGUGUUCUUCAUCGCGAAGGACUCGAUGGAAUUGCGGAAGGGAGCCAAGACCCAGUUUGCAGCUAAAAUCCGUGAGGUGGCUUCUGACCUACAAGUGGGCUUACUGGAGCUCAAUAAAAUAAGAGAAGAUCUUCAUCUAACAAUCAAAGGGCUUUCAGAGAUGCAGGUUCCCACUGACUGAACUGCUUGUCCUCUAGUACAAAUUGUGUAUUUAUUUUAUGAUUUUAUUUUUAUUAUUCCCACCACUGCACGUUCUACAAUCUGUCAUUUGUCGGGGUUAUUGAAUCGAGAGAAAUUUAUUACCUUAAAAUUGGCCGUUUAUUCAACUUGGCUGACAUUGUUUGGUUUUCUGGGUAAUGGAGUUCAAGCAAUCUGAUGUAGGGUCUUCACAUUUGGUACACGGCUGUGUUCUAUCAUUCUGUUGUGGUCAAGUUCCAUUAUGGGUAGCUCUGAAAUUUGUAGCUGGAGAUGCAAGCCUCUUAUGUGUCGUGUGAAACACCUCAGAGACCAAUGAUGUUUUCACUUCCACUUGACAAUGAUCAAGCCAUUUUGGCUUCAAACUCUUGUCUUCAUGGAGUCAAACAAAAAUAAUAGUCGUUCCACUACUUACUAAUUCAGCGGUGUGCUAAAUACAUUUCAAAAUAAAUUCGGAAAAUCCUGAAGCUGACGUCAAAUCUAGCGGAGCUUGAUCAUCACCUUUCACGAUUUACUGAAUAAAAAAUCAGAGUGUGGAUGAGUGGAAUGUGUAUUAAAAUGUCAAAGGGCCGUUAGAGUUGCUUAAUUAGUGUAUUCUACAAAAGAAAAAAAUCUGUCUCCCGACGCAACCAGGAUGUAUAUUAAUCCAGUAUAAUCACAUGCCAUGUUCAUGUUAUAAAGAACAUUUAAAAAAUAGUUUGAGAACGAGAAAAGGCCAUCAAGACUCAGCACACCAUUCUCCCCUACUGUGGAGAACUCAUCUAAAAGCAGAGUCUCGUCUUUUAAAAUGUUCCCAGUGUUUUAGACUACCUGGCAGGCUAUUCCAUGCGUUUCUAACUAACUUUGUAAAACAGGGCUUCCUGCCUUCUGUUCUAAAUUUACUUUUACUCAACUUCCAUUGAAGCCUCUUGUUCUUCUCUCUGUUAAAUCUGAUGUAGUGUUGGGUUGAAAGCGUUGUUUUAAAUGACCUCAGAAAUCACCCAAUGGCAUUUAAAAAAACAUAUGAUGCACAUUACUGCCUUGAUUCAAUAAAAAAAAAAAAUACAGCGCAUACAAUAUUUUCUUGU